ACAACAAAAUAAACAUAAGUUCCCAUAUAUAUCUGUAUUAGAUUUUGAAAUUCCAUUUUUUGUUCCUUUGAAUCGAUCUACUCCUCUGUUUCGGAAUAGCAUAACUGGCUUAUGGGUACAUCAUCUGGCUCUGAUAUCCACCACCAGCCAUCAUCGAAAAUGCUGCCCCCAAGACAGCAGCCACGCGCUGGGGGAUUGCAAACCUCUCUGUCGCUUGUUUCUUCUGAUGCUCGACUAUCCCCUGAGGAACCCAGAUCAAACUCUGAUCACAUUCGUGAGUCCCCUACUGAGAGUGCUAGUUCCCGUGACACUUGGCCUACUGCCGAUGCUGCCAUGGCAAAGAAGAUGGAAAAUGGAAAAGCGGACAAUGAUUGCCCUGAGCAGUCAGUUGUUCGCCGCGUUUCUAGUGCCGAUAAGAUAUCUCUUAGGGACAUAGCAAGAGAAAGGGUUGAAAUUAUCUCCGAAAAGAUGCAUCGUCUCCCUGACGAGUUUCUGGAAGAAGUAAAGAACAGCCUCCGAGUUAUCCUUGAUGGGAAUGGUGGUUCACAGCAUCGGGAGGAAUUUUUUAUUUUGCAGAGGCUUGUUCAGAGUAAGACUGAUUUAACAGCUAAGACAUUGAUUAGAGCACACAGGGUACAGCUUGAAAUCCUGGUUGCAAUAAACACUGGGAUUCUGGCAUUCUUGCAUCCAAACGUCAGUCUGUCUCAGACCUCCCUCAUUGAAAUUUUUGUUUAUAAAAGAUGCAGAAACAUAGCGUGCCAAAACCAGCUCCCAGCUGAUGAUUGUACUUGUGAGAUUUGCUCCAACAGAAAUGGCUUUUGCAAUCUUUGCAUGUGUGUAAUUUGCAACAAGUUUGAUUUCGAAGUGAAUACUUGUCGCUGGGUUGGUUGUGAUUUGUGUUCUCAUUGGACCCACACGGACUGCGCUAUUCGUGAUGGACAAAUAUGUAUGGGUCCUGUUAAAAGUGGAACAGGCCCAACUGAAAUGCUUUUCCGGUGCCGAGCUUGUAAUCGGACAUCAGAGCUGCUUGGUUGGGUAAAAGAUGUCUUCCAACACUGUGCACCUGCUUGGGAGCGGGAUGCUCUGAUGAGAGAACUCGACUUUGUGAGUAGAAUAUUUCAUGGUAGUGAGGACCCCAGAGGGCAGAAACUUUUCUGGAAGUGUGAGGAUCUGAAAGAAAAACUGAAGAGUGGUCUUUUAGAGUCAACAGCGGCUUGCCGAGCAAUAUUGGCAUUUUUCCAAGAGCUUGAGGUGGACUCCCCAAAGAGCCUGGAAAAUGGAGAGGGUGGACGGUUGAUAGCACCUCGGGAAGCUUGCAAUCGAAUUGCCGAAGUGGUGCAGGAGGCCAUAAGGAAGAUGGAAAUGGUAGCUGAUGAGAAGAUGAGAAUGUACAAGAAAGCGCGUUUGGCCAUUGAGGCUUGUGACCGUGAACUCCAGGACAAGGCCAAGGAAGUGUCGGACCUGAAGCUGGAGAUGCAAAAAAAGAAGCUACAAGUUGAAGAGCUAGAGAAAAUUGUAAGGCUUAAACAUGCUGAAGCUGAUAUGUUCCAGCUCAAGGCAAACGAGGCAAAGCGCGAGGCUGAGAGGCUCCAAAGGAUUGCUCUUGCAAAGUCGGACAAAUCAGAGGAAGAAUAUGCUAGCAGUUACCUCAAACAGCGUCUGAGUGAGGCUGAAGCUGAGAAGCAGUAUCUGUUUGAGAAGAUCAAGCUUCAAGAGAGCUCGCGGGCAUCGCAAAGCAGCGGGGGCGGUGGCGGCGACCCUUCAUCGAUUCUGAUGUAUUCGAAAAUCAACGAUCUUCUAUACAGUACCCCUUCUAAGACAGACUGCCCCUCCAAUGAACGCCAUCCAUUCAGGAAGAAUCCCUGAGCCGUAUUUUUCUAGUGUCGUAUGUAUUUUGAUUUAUUUAACUGUAAUGUUUGUGGAUGUUACUUGAGUGUGAAACUAAUGUCAAUGAAUUGUGAUCGCGAUGUAUGUCGAAUAUUGUCUGUCUCUGACUUCUAGUAAAACCAAUUUGGGAAUCCUGGAUUAGUAAUUUUGCGCUA